GGGCGAAAAAGGUUGAUUCGUGCACGAGGACAUACAUUAGGCAAAGGAGUGCAAAAAAGAAUAGCUAGGAAAAAAGGAGAGAAAUUACAUGUGUAUGUCAAUCGUGUGUUGAACGCAAUCACAGGAGGGAAUGCAACCCCAGCGACAAAUGAGUUGAGAUUGCAAAUUAGACGGUUGUGCCCUCUUCAGAGCCUGAAGUCAUGGAGAAAAAUCGAUCAAAGUACCAAAGAUGCGGUCAUUCAAGCGAUGCUAGACAAGUUUGUUAUCGGCGAUGAUUUUGAUAAUGAUGAACAAGCUCAACAAAUCCUCGAUAGAAAGGCAAAUUUGCUAUACAAGGAUUGGAGGUACAAUCUAAAGCAAGAGUUCCUCGAACUUGAGGAAAAGGGUGUUGAUGACCCCUAUAGUCAUCCGCCUAGUGGAGUGAGCUUGGACGAUUGGAAAUAUCUUAUUGAUGUUGCUUGGAAAGACGAAUCUCACUUGAAACGCUCUAAAGCUGGUAAAGCAAAUAGGGGUAUGCUCCCCUACAAUCAUACAAGUGGAUCGCGAUCAUUUCCUAUAGCAAUGGUCGCUUAUGGCAAAUGAGGAUGGAGAAAUAGAUUUCCCUGAAUUUUAUAAGAAAUCACACAAGUCCAAGAAGACGAGAGACUGGAUUGACCCCAAAUGUGGUGAGCUACAUGAUGAUAUGGUGAAUCUACAUGUCGUAGCCACCGAUGCGGGGUUGCCAUUGACCUACGAAGAACUGUCAAGGCAAG